AUGGCCAAUAUUCAGAUCAAAUGCCUUCCAGAGUUGGCAUGCGAAAUUCCUCCGUCAUUGCUCUACUCUGAGCUGCAGAUACAAGAACAACUAGUCACCGCUGGCAUGAACACCAGUGGCCUGUCGGUCAAUGGACCGACAGAUGUGCCCAACUCAGCACAGGCAAUGAAAAUCAGCAGGGUUCUCGCCGCCUAUCACGGUGUAGUACCUCAGAACAUGUCACACAUUGUUGUCGGGAUACACGCAGAUCCGGUUGAUCAAACCAGGGCUGCCAACGUGUUCCGGACUGCAAGGGAGUCAGUCCAAACCGAGAAAUUUGGUCCGAAUUCGUUCAUCAUGCAGUACGUCCCCGGCAAAGUGAGUAGCGAGAACUUCCUCGUUCAACAAACCAACCUUAGUAUCGAAGCAAGGGCGAGGGAGCUUCAACCACCGAACGAGACACAGGCAGAGACCAAUAUCUGCACGGCGGAGCGCCAGGCCUUCCUUGAUGCAAUAGCAUCGGGGGAACGGCUCUGGAAGACCACGUACGAGUUGGAGUACCGACAAACAGUCGACGCGCUACACCUCGCCAAGGGUCUUGAGAGGGAACGCCUAACCCGAAAGGCUUCAUUCUAUCAUAGAAUGAAAGAUAACCCUCCACGAUGCGCCGUCGACCUUGCUACUUUACUCACACGACAGAAUUGCGACCAGGCGAAAAUGAUCCCGCUCGGCCUGCGGAAUUGGGAUCUAUGCCUUGACUUCUGGGUAGCGAACACCGAUGUCGACAUACUCACAUCCCACCUCGAGAAAGCUUCUAACGUCGUUGAUAUCCGAAAAAUGCUUGUGAGAGGCAACAACACAAAUUUUCUGAACAUGCAAGGCAAUCUCUGGGUCAACGCUUACAGGAAGUCCACCUGUCUGACCAGGAUCCGCGCACUGCACAUCGACUUGAAGUUCCACGAGGAUCCAGAAUUUGGUACUUGGACAGAAACUCCAGUGCUUAUUCCGGGAUCGAAGGGCCGCAAGCGCCCGAUGGAAGAACAGGGCCUGGGCAGCAUUUGA